AUGAAUUCCCUUCCACCCUGCAACCUAACCAACAUCGAUCUCAUAGCCACCCCCUGCUUCUACGUUCUCAGCUCAACCCAGACCAACAGCCUCCUCAGCCUCCGCAUCUCCUCCAUCUUUGUAAUCGGCCUCACAUCAACACUAUCAACCUGCUUCCCCCUUCUCCCACGGCGAAACACCCGCUGGAAAAUCUCCAGCGGGAUAUAUACCUUCGCCCGCUUCUUCGGCACAGGCGUUAUCAUUGCUACUGCGUUUAUCCGCCUCCUGGAUCCAGCGUACGAAGCCAUUGGGCCGCGCAGUUGUGUUGCCGCAAGUGGGGUGUGGGGUGCGUUUCCAUGGUGCGCGGGCAUCGUCUUAACGUCGAUAUUGCUUGUUUUCUGCGUGGAUCUCGCGGCGGAAGUGUAUGUUCAGCGGCGAUUUGGGCAAGCCAAAGAUGGAGAUGAAAAUAUGCGGUGUGGAGAGCGGGAGGCGUUACUUGCUGUGGAACAAUGGCAAGAGCAACAGCUUCGAGAUGGUACUGUGAUGGGAAAGAAUAGAGCGAGUUUCUCAUCGGAUACGGAGCGAAGGGAGGUAUCUACGCGGUCUCGUCUCCCCUUCGCACAGCAAAUAGCCACGUUCCUUGUGUUGGAAGCUGGGAUCAUAUUUCACUCCGUCAUUAUCGGGUUGAACCUCGGUGUCGUGGCUUCAUCGACUUUUACUACACUCUACCCCGUUCUCGUCUUCCACCAGUCCUUUGAAGGUCUCGGCAUCGGCGCUCGUCUGUCGAACAUCUCUUUUCCUCGCGGCAAAGCGUGGAUGCCUUGGGCGCUGUGUGGGCUGUAUGGUCUUACGACGCCGCUGGCUAUUGCGGUGGGAUUGGGUCUUAGGACGACGUAUGUGCUGGAGAAUAGAGGAGGGAUGAUUGUACAAGGCGUUAUGAAUGCUGUCAGCGCGGGUUUCCUAAUUUAUAGUGCUUUGGUUGAUUUGCUGGCUAAGAACUUUUCGUUUGAGAAGGAGAGGACGAAGGAUUUGGGUAAGUUAGGAUUGAUGAUUGCAUAUGUCCUUGUUGGUGCGGCUGCUAUGGCGUUGCUUGGGUGUUGGGCGUAG